AUGGUUUGGCCUUAGUCUCCAUACUCAUGCAGCAGGCUGUCUAGAUCUUGCGGUGUCAAUUCAAUACCAUAGCUAUGAACAUGCGUGGUCACAUGAUCUGUCAUUUUUAUCUCAAUGCGGGAAACAUCCGGACUAAAAGCAGUGAACCUCGUUGAUGCCUAGUGUAUCAACAAGAAUAUGGAUUUGAAGGAGAUCACCAACGCGCAAUACAUAACCGCGCGGGUAUCAACCAGAACCAUACAUUGGUCGAUGCAUUAGAGUUGACCAUUAAGCCCCAGCUUGAAGACAAAAUGCAAACAGACACCAGUAUCUUGGAGCAGGAGCUUGCUUCAAGUCCCCCAGUCCCAGCCCCAGCUCCAGAAACAUCAUCUCCUCGCCCUCCAAGAAGGCCAAGGAAACAGACGCUCAACCCCCUCCACCAUGGCAUCCAAGCCUUUAUCACUCAGCACCUUCCUGCAGAUACCCUAGCCAAGCACAACCUAACUCUCGCCUCCCUUCCCAAACGUUUCACCAUCUACGAACCUCUCCUGCUCCUCCCGGUCAACGCCUUCACCACUCCCCCGGCUUGGCACUCCUUGUAUCAAGCUCUCACCGCGAGCCAGCGGCAAACCCUCUUUGCCACCCUUCUCCAGUCCUUUGCCCGCUACGGCCUCACCCACGUGGCCAUGAACGCGCCUAUUGCACUCACGGACCCCAACUCCGGGGCGGAGAACCGGAUCCGCAGUCCGGGAGGGUUGAUCCCGCUAUAUGGGGACUUCGGGCCUCUACCAGAUAAUUCUACAUCGGCUACUGCGUCUGCGUCGCAGGGGCAGGGGGAAGGCGAAGCGACGAUAGCAUGCCCGACAGCCACAGACCUCGAGCAAGCAUUCUGGGUACGCACGGUUCAGAAUCACGGGAUCGUACAGAUCUGGGCGCCGUUGUAUACCAUGUUCUCACGGGGGAAUAUUACUGAGAAAGCGCGGAUUUUGGGAACUGAGUUUGAGGGGUUGGAUGAGGAGCAACUCGGGGAAAAGGUCUCGGGGAUCAGCGUGGUGGACAUGUAUGCUGGGAUUGGGUAUUUCGUGUACUCGUAUCUGAAGCGUGGGGUGAAGAGGGUGUGGGGGUUUGAGAUCAAUGGGUGGUCGGUGGAGGGGUUGCGGAGGGGGUGUCAAGAGAAUGGGUGGGGAUGUAAGGUGUUCCGCGUUGGAGAGGACGGAUCGUUACUGGGAGGAGAGUCACUAAAGAAUGUGGUGGAGGGGUUGACGGAGGAGGAUCGCGUGGUGGUGUUCCAUGGGGAUAAUCGGUUUGCCGCGGAGAUUCUGGGGCAGAUUAGGGGGUGCGUGAGAGCAGAGGAGUGGAGUCGGGUCAGGCAUGUGAAUUUGGGGCUGCUUCCUUCAUCCUGCUUCGCGUAUGAGAAUGCCAGCAAGAUUGUGGAUAGUGAGAAGGGUGGGUGGGUGCAUGUUCAUGAGAAUGUCGAUGUGCAGGGCAUCGAGGAGAAGAAUAACGAGGUCACCGCGGAAUUGGCAAGACUGCGAGUGAGAGUGUUGGGAAUAGAGUCCGAGAAGGUGACUGCUGCAGCUGAUUGUCGGCAUGUUGAGCAGGUCAAGACUUAUGCGCCGGGGGUGAUGCAUUGCGUCUUCGAUGUGCGGCUAUCUUCAAGAGAAGAAAUAGAAGCCCCCAACAUUCGUGGCAAUUGAACCACACACACACCAAUACUCCAUGAACUCCAACCUUCGGGUGAUGCAAUCGACGCUCAAGAUCAUCUCAUGAAACAUAUGUACAGUACAGUGGCAACAGCGCAAGAACUC